AUGGCCCAGACGGUCAGUGAGGCCGUGGCGGCAGUGCUUCCAGCGUCGCCUUACGUCGGCCCGUCUCCGUUUGACGACCUGGGGACAGGCCUCACUCCGCCAUCGGCGGGGCCUGCUGCGUCGCUGUGGGAUGACUCGAUGGAGGUUCUUGCUCCGCCUGCUGUCGAAGGUGAAGAGACUCGCAAUGGCUCUGCUGCCGGCUGGUCCGAUGCGGAUGGCGAUGAUGAUGACAGUGAUGGGACGCGUGGCGCACCACCCGCGCCUCGCCCGCGCCACUCCAAGGGCCUGCAUGACCACGUCCGCGCCGAGCUCGAUACCAUGCGCACCGCGCUCGAGGCCUCGCUCCGCGCUGCGCUGGAAAAUGAGUACGCUGGGAAGCUGGCGCUUGCUGAGACGCGCGCCCACAACGCCGAGCUGGAGUACGCCCGCCAGCUUGCCGAGGCCGAAGAGGCCUUUGAGAGCCAGGUCGCCCGCGAGCUCGAUCGCGUUCGCGCCGAUGCAGCAGCCGAGCUCGCCGACGCUCGCGCCCAUCUCGAGAGUGACAUGCACAAGCAGGUUCAGGCCCAAGUGAUGGCUUUGCAGGAGCAGGCCAACGCCAAGUGCGCAGCGGUUGCGUCCGAAGCCCACGCCCAAGCCCAGGCUGCAUACACGGCCCAGCUCGAUGCCGUCCGCAACGAGGUUCGCCAGGAGCUCCGCUCCGAUGUCGAGCGCAAGAUGCGUGCCGCCCUCCUUGCUAAGAUGAAGACGGCCAUUGCCGCCGAGCUACGUGAGGAGCUCGCGCCGACCAUCCGUCGAGAGCUCCGCGCCGAGCUGGCUGUCGAGCUCGAGCGCGAAAUCCGUGCCGAGUUUGCCGAGCGUGAGCAAGCUGUCUUGGCCGAACGGCACCGUUCCGCGCUUGAGGCCGAGUUCCGCGAUCGCCUCGACGCUGCUGUUGCCAAGGAAGUUUCCGACGCCAAGUCUCACCUCGAGGCUCAGGCCGAGCUGAAAGUCAAGCUCCAGGUCGAGGAGCAGCUGCAGGUGGAAAAAUCCAAGCUUGUCUCUCACUUUAAGGCUCAUCAAGUCCGAGAGGCUCGCGAGUCGGUCGCCAAAGAGCGUGCCACCAUCAAGACUGCUCACGCCGAGCUUGCGCGCCUCAAGUCGAGUUUCAACGCCUACCGCCGCAAAAAGACUCGCGAGCUCGAAUCGCGUGAGUCCAAGGUCCGUGAGCUUGAGCGAACCAUUGCCAACCAGCGCGCUACUCUUGAGCAGCGCAUUCGAGACGCCCGCACAGAGUGGGCGUGGAAGGAGAAGCAUCUCCGCGAGCGGACCAAGGCGCUUGAUGCCCGCGAAAUCCGCAGUCUCUCAAACUCCUCCCCGAACCAGCGGCUGCAAGCACGCCAGGGCUUGUCCGCAACCGACGCCUCGACCUCGAUCCUCGACGAGUCGUUUGACCCAAAGGCUGUGGCCUCCAUGCUCAUUCUCCGCGCCCGGGCUCAGUACCGCCCCGGUCCCGAGAGCAGCCCGCCCCGCUCGCCUGUCUUCACCUCGACCUUUGGCGGACGGAGCGAGCGCCUCGCCUCGCCUGCUCGGUCGACGACGGCGCUCGGUCCCAUCUCACGCUCGCGCGUGCCGCCAGCCGCAUCCGCAGCGAGCUCCAAGGCAUUGGCACGAUGGCAGGAGGAGAAGCAAGCCGAGCAGCUGUUUGCCAACCUGCCGCCGCUGUCGAUCUCCGGCGUGAACGACGACGUCAUCCGCGAGCUGUACGCGCUGUGGGACCAGACGUAUGCUUCGUACCUACGCCGAGUCGCCAUGGUCUCGUCGGGCGCCGCCCUUGGUCCGGCCGGCAUCACCAAUGAGGUGGGCCGGCUGCAAGAGCUCUAUCCUGCCGUGGCGUCUGUUCUUGCCCUCGCCCGGCACUGGGAGCGGGCGGUUGUUGCCGGCCAUGUCGGCACGGCCGCCGGACUGCGGUCGGACCUGGAAAGCGCCGUCGAUGCGUGGGAAGCUCAGCACGACGGCAAUGUGCUCCUUGUCCGCGGCUUUGAUGUCCGCGACUGGAUGGCGCUGGUGGAUGGCGGAGACUAG